AAUAUGUGGCAAUGGUUUUUUUCCCCGUGGAGCGCCUGAUUUUUUCUCUUCUUCCCUCUUACUGGCUUCCUCAAAAAACCAUCUCUUCUUCAGUUUGAGCAACGAUUGUAUAUCUGCCAAUUGUACAACACUUGUUGUACGUAACCGAACAUUCGAAACUAGAAUCAAAGGCUAAAGAAAAGCCCCCUUUUCAUCAAUCAUCACCCAAAUACACAAUAAAUUGUAGUUUUGGUGAAUGGCACAGUUCAUAACACAGGGACGCUUGAAGUUGCUCUUCAGUGGCGACGGGAUUUCACUUGGUUUCGAACCCAGAGACCCAUUUCACUGUAAGCUCAGAUCGGUUCCAGCCCACAUGGACAGACUCAAGUUUCUUAGUUCUACAAGUAGAUUUUUUUCUUCUUCUUCUUCUUCUUCCUCUUCAUCCGUGAAUAACAAGCUCGGCCAUUUCAAUGCGGAUGCGCGUCUUGGUGAUGACGAGGCUGUGCAUGAUGAUGAUGGUAAUAUUCAUCAUGAUGAUGCUUUUGAGAGAGAUGAUUUGGCUGGUUUUAGAGGGCUGGUCUUGGAUAUCUCCUACAGGCCAGUGAAUGUUGUCUGCUGGAAGCGUGCUAUUUGUUUGGAGUUCAUGGAGAAGGCUGAUGUGCUAGAAUAUUAUGAUCAGACAGUAAAUUCCCCCAGUGGAUCCUUCUACAUACCAGCUGUCUUGAGGGUUCCCCAUUUACUGCAGGUUAUAAAGAGAAGAAGAAUCAAGAGCAAUCUUAGUCGUAAAAACAUACUAUAUCGGGACAAUUACACUUGUCAGUAUUGUUCUUCACAUGAAAAUUUAACCAUUGACCAUGUUUUGCCGGCUGCACGUGGUGGACAAUGGAAAUGGGAAAAUCUGGUUACUGCUUGUGCCAAAUGCAACUCAAAGAAGGGUCAAAAGACUUCAGAGGAAGCAAAUAUGAAGCUGAUUAACAUUCCAAAGGCGCCAAAAGACUAUGACAUACUUGCCAUACCACUAACAAGCGCAGCGAUAAAGAUGCUGAAAAUGAGAAAGGGGACGCCUGAAGAAUGGCGUCAAUAUCUGUCACAGCCGUCUUCAGAGCCAUGAGGCAUUUUUUUCAACUCAAAAUAUGUUUCAUCUGGCAUAAUAGUUAUGCGAUCAAGGCUGGUGAGAUAGGAUAUAUCCAUCAAAUGCUUACGUUUGAGGUUAAAUUACUUUGAAUGAGGCCUGAUGGUUAACAGUUGAUAUGGAUAUUUUUGGAGCAGUGAGGAUUUAUUCUCUGCUUCAUAGAGAAGAAUAUCAUUGAAAAGGAUUUGUCUACCCGUUGAAUGAGAGGGCUUGGGAAUUCGAAACUUGCAUACAUGUCCUUGAUGCUUUACAUUGUAAACUGGCCCGGAGAGCAUUGACUUCAAUCUCUCCAUGGUCAGUUGUUUUUACAACAGAAAUACAUGAGAAAUUCCUCUUUACUUUUAUGGAAA